UGACCCAGAGCGCAUGCGUGUUCCCCCUCCCUGCCUGCAGCUGAGAGCAGUUGUGUCUAGUCAGGCACCGCCGAGGCUUCGGCUGGGACGCCCGGCUCAGCGUCUCUGCUGACAGGAACUCAGUCUCCUUAGGACUCGCUGGGCUUUCGGUUUCAGGACGACGCAGGGCUGUGUCCACGCUGACGGAAGCUGGGUUUCCUGAGGACCCAGGCGACGCCGGGAGGAAAGGAUAACCUGGUUGGGCUUGAUUCAAUCACAACAGACCUGAAGAAGAUGCAGUUCCACAGUGGACAGCAGCUUCAUCUACUACUCGAGAUUUCCAGCCUGGCCUUCCUGACGUCUGGCCCCAUGAAGGUUGUAUGUCUCCAACCGGCCACACAGCCUCCAUCCUCCAGAGCUCGCAGCACAGCGCGGUGUCCAUCAGGCUCUGCUGGAAGCCACAGUUAGUUUUUGCAGGUGUUAAGUGGAAGAAAUAGUCCUACUCUAUUUUCUGAUGUUUGAGAGCUGGCACCUUAAAGUUCACUCCUCUCUUCUUCCUCUGCCCACUGCUGGGAAAUUUGGAGGUGGCCACAGCAGAUGGUGUAGACCUGGCUCCUCUGGGAUCCUGCUUUUAACUCAUUGGUAGAUGUCCCUGAGCAAGGCCCCAAGGCUGGCAGAGGGCCAGGUCACCCUGGGGGCAGCUGUCUUGCUGCUUGGACUCUGGGCAGUACUGGCUCCAGUCCAGUGCUCUCAAGGCCGCCCUUCAUGGCGCUACAUCUCUUCGGAGUUGGUGAUACCCAGGAAGGAGUUGCACCGAGGCAAGGGUGUUCAGACGCCAGGCUGGCUCUCCUACAGCCUGCAUUUUGGGGGCCAGAGGCACGUUAUCCACAUGCGGCGCAAGAAGUUAUUUUGGCCCGGACACCUGCUGCUGAUGACUCAGGAUGACCAAGGAGCCUUGCAGAUGGACUACCCCUUCGUCCCUUCAGAUUGUUACUACCUUGGCUACCUGGAGGAGAUUCCUUUUUCCAUGGUCACCGUGGACACGUGCUAUGGGGGUCUUGAAGGUAUUAUGAAGUUGGAUGACCUUGCAUAUGAAAUCAAACCCCUCAAGGAUUCGGAAAGGUUUGAACAUGUGGUUUCUCAGAUAGUGGCAGAUGCCAGUGCAACAGGACCUGCAUAUGGACCGGGACACAAGGAGGUUAGACACCCACUGUUCCCUGAAGCAGAUGUCAGUGUAGCCCCCAGGAGUGGUGCUAGGGUGUUUGCAGCACAUAAGGGAAUUAUGAAAGGAUUUGUUCAAUAUUCUAAUUCAAUGUAUCAUGUAUACAACAAUGUGUCUAAGUGUGUAGAAACCCUGGUACACAUGUGUAGUAUAGUGGACUCCUUUCAACAAGGUCUUGCUGUAAGGUUCUAUCUAGUUGCAGUGGUACUAUUUAAUGAAAGAGAUCCAACUGUCAUGAAUGACUAUAGAGUACCAGGUGGUGCAUAUGCUCGUUAUCAUGCAAACAAUUUCAGACUAGUUACAGAAACCACCUCAUCCUUGAUAGUAAUUCGUGAUGGACCACGACCAGGUCAAUUUGAGCCAGAGACCUAUACUAUGUGUACAACUGAUCGUAGUCUACUCUUCGUUGGUUAUCUAGGCAGACAUUAUUUAAUAUUAGCUAUUGUAUCAACCCAACUCAUUGGGAGAAGCUUUGGUCUGUGGUAUGAUGGUGAUAACUGCUAUUGCAUGAGAAGGAGCACCUGCCUUAUGGCAAAAUACCCAGCCUUGACAGAUGCCUUCAGUGACUGUUCCAUUGGGCAUUGGUGGAACAUAGUAGGACUACGGGGCAGUUGUAUAUUUAACACAACGGUGAGCUAUUUUAAUGAAAGCCUGAUAAAGAUGCGUUGUGGAAACUAUAUAGUGGAGGAUUGGGAGCAAUGUGACUGUGGCUCCUUUAAGCAGUGUUACAGCAACAAAUGCUGUGAGUAUGACUGCAUGUUGGAGGAAGGGGCUACUUGUAAUGAAGGACUAUGCUGUACAAACUGUACCUACUCUGAACCUGGGACACUCUGCAGACCAAUCCAGAAUCCAUGUGAUCUUCCAGAGUACUGUUUUGGAACAACCAGUCAAUGCCCAGAAGAUUUUUAUAUGCAGGAUGGAACGCCCUGUACUGAAGAAGGCUACUGCUAUCAUGGAAACUGCACUGACCGCACAAUGCACUGCAGAGAAAUCUUUGGAAGACAUGCUAUUAACGCUCAUGACGUCUGCUAUACAAUAAAUAGAAAAGCCAAUCGAUUUGGACACUGUACAAGAAAUGAUAGGGUGUUGAACUAUGCUGCUUGUGGAGAAGAAGACAUAAAAUGUGGAAGGCUGCAGUGUAGCAAUGUCACUCAUGUUCCCCGGUUGCAGGAACAUGUUUCAUUCCAUCAGUCAAAGAUCUCAGGGGUCUGGUGUUGGGGAGUAGGCAGUCACUAUUCCCCAGAAACAACUGAUGUUGGUCAUGUGAGAAGUGGUACCCCCUGCGCUCCUGAGAGGUUCUGUCUCAAUAGCGCCUGCAAUGCUCGUAUAGAUGCAAUAACUUAUGACUGUCCCCCUAAGAAAUGCAAUCAUAGAGGAAUUUGCAACAAUAGAAGGAAUUGCCAUUGCCAUGUAGGCUGGGAGCCUCCACUGUGCUUAAAGAGAGGUCCUGGAGGGAGCAUGGACAGCGGACCCAGUUCAAGAAGAAUUCGCUCAGUAAAAACAAGCCAAGCAUCGAUCCUAUAUUUGAAACUGGUCUUUGGUCGCAUUUAUACCUUCAUAGCUGCACUCCUCUUUGGUGUGGCCACCAAUGUUAAAAAUGUCAAGACCUCCAGAGUUAAGGAAGUGAUAGUAGGUGAUAAAUAAAUUAUAAACCAGCCUCCUGACCCCUGUACAACCAUUGGUAAUAUAGAAGUAAUAUCGAUAUAUAUGAUGAAAUCAGUAAUAAGAUGGCGAAGCUGAAUAUCAUGUUCUAGAAGUCUGCAGGAGAUGACAGGGGAUUUCCGUACAUCAGGGGCAGUCAAGAGGCAUCGAUGUUCUCACAUCAGGUCUCUUUGAUAGGUCACUGAUCAGGGCUGUGAAAUAAAUCUUGAAAAACCA